AUUCUCCAAGUAUUAUGGAUAUUUCAAUAACCUCAGAACCAGAAGAGAAAAAACCAAAUGUUAAUAAUGUUCCAGAUUAUGUCAGCAGUAUCCACACGUACCUUAGGCAAAUGGAGGUGAAAUGCAAACCGAAAGUGGGUUACAUGGAGAAGCAACCUGAUAUCACGAACAACAUGCGGGCUAUUCUUGUGGACUGGCUGGUGGAAGUUGGGGAAGAAUACAAGUUACAGAAUGAAACUCUGCACUUAGCUGUAAAUUACAUUGAUAGGUUUCUUUCUUCAAUGUCUGUUUUAAGAGGAAAACUUCAGCUUGUGGGCACUGCAGCUAUGUUGCUUGCAUCAAAGUUUGAAGAAAUCUACCCUCCUGAAGUAGCAGAGUUUGUCUACAUCACAGAUGACACCUAUACCAAGAAGCAAGUUCUAAGGAUGGAGCGCUUAAUUUUGAAGGUUUUGUCGUUCGACUUGGCAGUUCCAACAAUCAACCAGUUCCUCAAUCAGUAUUUCCUGCAUCAGCAGACAAGUGCUAGAGUGGAGAGCUUAGCAAUGUACCUUGGGGAGCUGAGUCUAAUUGAUGCUGAUCCUUACUUGAAAUACUUGCCAUCAGUUAUUGCUGCUGCAGCAUUUAAUCUAGCAGGCUAUACAAUCACUGGACAAACCUGG